UGAGGGCGAUGAAGAAGAUGCCAAAAUUCUUGAUUAGCCGAAGAUUGGAGAAUAGAGCAAAUGGUUAAUCCUUCUAAUUUUGAGAGUUUAGGGCCAAAGUCUCAUCAUGAAAGGAGGGACUCCCUAACCAUUGGUCAUGCCUUCCAUGGAAAAGCAGGAUUUUUUCUGUUGCUCUGAAGCAAUCAUUUUGGAGUGAUGACCUACUAGGCCUUGAGCCUCAAGCAAAAGAUAUGGGAAGAGUAGCUGCUUUUUAUCAAGCAGCACUCGACCUCUUUUCAUGUGAAUAAAGUUAUGGGGAAAACAGAUUUUUUUUGGUCACAAAAAUCUUCUGGUAUACAAUAGCCCAAGAAAAGUUCUCCAAAUAACAACUUUCCUUGUCAGUUGGUUGCCAUAGCAACCCCUCUAGUUUUUACAAGCAGUGACAUUCCAAAAGGGGGCAGAAGCAGCAGCUGCAGAUCAGAUGGAGAUUAUCCAAUCACAGCUUCACAAUUCCAGAUCCACACAGGGAGAGGAAAGAUAGGCUGGAUGGUCUUGAUGACCUGUUAUAACAAGAAGCUGAGGCAGACAAGGCCUGAACAGCUGAAUAACUUCAUAGUGGUACCAGCGCAUUCCAGAGUGAAUGGGUGGUCUUUACCUCUCCACUCAUUCCAGCUGAUCACACUCUUGCUUUAUUCAUACUUGGCCAUAGUAGGCUUUGGCAUCUACAUACCUCUUCUCCCAACUGAAUGGAAGAAUGUUGCGUAUGCUGUGAUUGGUAUAAUUUUUGUGCAUCAUUUAAUCACUCAUCUUGUUGCAGUCACUAUUGAUCCUGCAGACCAAAACAUACUGGCAGAGAAGAAUUAUGCUAAGCCAAUGCCCAUUUUUGACCGAAGCAAAUGCAAGCAUGUCAUUCAGAACCAGCAUUGCUAUCUUUGUGAAGCUGAUGUGGGGCCAAAAACCAAACACUGUAGUACCUGCAAUAAGUGUAUUGAGAACUUCGACCACCAUUGCAACUGGCUUAAUAACUGUGUUGGAAGCAGAAACUACUGGUUUUUCUUCAACGCAAUUGUUUCUGCUGUUGCUGGGAGCUUCCUCAUGAUAGUGGUGAUCCUCUAUGUCUUCGUCCAGUUUUUUGUCGAUCCAGCACAACUCCGGACCUCGCCUCAGUUUGAAAAUUUUAGCAGAAAUGACACUUGGCUGGCAUUUCUUCCUGUUGCUCCAGUAGAGAUGACAGCAACUGGAAUCCUGGCCAUAGCAACAUUUUCAGUGCUUUUGGGAGGUGCUUCUUUCCUCAUGCUUGGACAUUUAUUGUUGUUUCAUCUCUAUCUCUUGGGUAAGAACAUGAACACAUAUGAAUACGUGACUCAGUAUCGACCUAAGCAGAGCACUAAGUCUGGAGAAAUGAGUGAGGAGACAGCAUCAGCCGCAACAUUCAGAAUGGAACCUUUGCCGGAUUUAUCUCAAGUAAGAAAACCAGAUGAUGUCACAUCUUCUUCCAUAUCAGGAACACUUCCGUCUAAUGGCAUUUAUCAGGAAAGAGAUAAUGAGCAGCCAUCUUUCUCACAGAGGAUCCUAACUGUGUAGCACUUCAAGAACUAUGCAAGACAUGGUACUGGCUUUAAUUAGCAAAAAAUCACUGUUGGAUGGAUCUCAUCAAGUAGUACCAAAGGAAACAUGGAAACCAAUUUGCUGCCAUGCAGCUUUGCAAGAGGGAAGUUUUCUCCUCUUCAUCCUUUGAGACAGUGCUACUUAUAUGGAUGUCUGUCUACAGUCAAAGCACAUAUGAAAGUAAGUCCACAUCUAAAGUACAUGUUUAACACUACACUCUGGCAGCACUGAUGGAAUGUGGAGAAUGACCUUCCUUAUAAGGUGUCCUUUUGACCACCUGGAAAUGUACACCAGUCAAUUAACAGGUUAUAAGCUGCUUGGAGAAAGACAAAGGGUUGAAGAUCAUUCAAGGAUGUUCUCAUACCAAUAACCUGAAGUCAUUGUAAUGACCAUACUGACCACACAGCAAGCUGUUCAACCUUGUUUCUGCUUAGCUGGAGUGACUAUGUCUUCGUCUAGUUGUAUGAAUAACCUCAGCUGGAGAUUCGGCAAAUAGCCAUGGGUCAAAAGUACAGGUUCUUCCUUCUACAGAACCAACCAUGGCUAAAGUUGUGAAAGGACCUUUGUGUAAAAAGAGCCUCUUUCUUUCAUGGACAGACUGUCAAAUGGGUAGCCAAAUAAAGGAGAAGACCACAGAAUACAGAAGAUGAGCCAAUCAUGUUGUGUAGCAUUCAAAAUUGUCUCCUGGGUUUUUCAGCCAGUUGGUCUGUCUCUUUAAGCUGUAAGAUUCUGAACUUUUCACGCCUCAUUAUAUGACCAAAGUGUUAUGAUUUAUUUUAAUUUUUUUUGGUCUGUUUUAUUAUUCCUUGACUUUUACCCAUUCAAUUUUUCUUGGUCACCCUCUUGGUCAAAUAAAUUAUUUGCAUCCUGCAGUGAGUCCACAUUUAAAAUGUCACGAACUUAUUUAUAGUAGCUUGUAUUGAAGUUUACCAUUUCAGCUCACACAAACCAAGAGUAUUCAGUAUUGCACAGUACUGAGCAUUCUUAGAACUAAUUAAACAUUUUUUCUGCCUAUUAUCUUCUUCCUCGUAAGGAAGCUGCUCCAAGCUAUCUCCAUUAUGACUUUUUUCCCAUUGCUAUAACUGAAAUGUUGUUCCAGGUCCCCACCCCCACCCCCAGCAUACAGGUAGCAAGUUAUAGUACUCUUAAAUCAAGAUAAUUGUUCACCAACAACAUCAGCUUACCAUGUUGCCUUUGUCAGAUGCUCUAUCACAGUCAAUAAAGCAAGCAUAUAUAUUCAUAUUAAUGGCAUCACGUGGCAUCAAAUAUUCACAUGGCAUUGAAUAUUACUUUUAAACUGCUAUUUAAAUUGACUAUUAUAUUAAAAUGUCUUUAAACAUCUCUUUAUACUAAGUUUUUCUAUGGCCAUGAACCAUCUUGGUUACCUUUGUUCCACUAUACAAUGUUAUGUGAUGUUUGUAUUUCACUGGUAAUGUACUUUCACAUAUCUUUUUGAGCAAGUUACAGCUUUUAUCUAUUUCUAACACAAGCAGAACAAUUAUCAGAUGGAAAAAGAACCUUCUCAGCUGAACCCCUACUGAACUUCCACCAGCAGGGUAAAAGGAAGGAUGUUCCCUUACCUACCUACCUACCUACCUACCUUCCUUCCUUCCUUCCUUCCUUCCUUCUGUCCACAAGUAAAUGUAGGCAAGAAUAGUGCUUCUCAUAUUCAUGAAUGUUUCCUUGUCCUUCUUUCACAUUUCUGUAAUUUCUACCAUACAUUGGCUGAAAUCUUUUUGCUUAGAUUUGUAUGUUGGAACUAGAUUACGCCCACUGGAUCAGUGGAACUUAUGGAGGAGCUGACUCAACAAAUCCCCAUUGAUUCAGUGAGCUAGUUGUGACUUACUAAGCUAAGCAACUGGAUUUCAGUCAUUAUCUUUAAUAAAACAUCCAAGCUGAUUACGUUUAUUGUUGUAUAGGUAUUGC